GAAUUGUUUGGAACACACAAAAGAAACGUUGGAAGCAAAAAAAGACCCCUAACUGCAAAUCCCUCCGUCUCUCUCCCUCCAUCUCUACAAAAUUUGUGUUGUUAGUUUUCUUGAUGCGCCAGCGAAUCAAUCUCUGUCUCAGAGAUGGAUUUCCACAGCAUGAAGAGGAAAGAACUUCAAGCACUGUGCAAGAAGCACUCUAUUCCUGCAAAUUUGACGAAUCUGGAGAUGGCAAACAGACUCAGCUUGCUGUUGAAGGAGAACGAAAAUCCCAUUACUCGGUUCCGAUCUUGUUUAAAAAAUUUGGGCGAGAUCGCACAUGAAAACGAUUCCAAGGAUGUGGCAAGGAAAUUGAAGAAAGUAAGAUUUAGUCCCGAGAAUGAUAUGAUUGAAUUUGUGAAUUUGAAAACGGACACAGGCGAGGAAAGCCCUAUGGUGAUGACACGGGCAGGGAGGAGGAGGAGUUGUAUGUUGAAACAUACUUCGGCAAAAGAGGGUCUUGUUACUGAAAAUGUCAACAGUGUUGAACCCUUCAGGGGAGUUACCAAUAACCCAGUUAGAACGACGAGGUCUAUUGUACAAAAUUCGAAGGUAGAUGAUGUGCCUAUAGAUGGGUUGCCUUUAGACAAGAAAAAGAACGCAAGAAGAGGCAUGAAAUCUCAAAGGACUGAAGUGAAAAAUGACGAUUCAAGUGAUGAGCCUCCUUUAGUGGAACUGGGUAGUGAUGUUGGCUUCAAGAAUGCUCAUUUUGAAGAGGCUGGAGGGGUGGCAAGAAGGCGAUUGAGAAAUGGAGAGGUUGCAGGUGACAAUUCUAGAGAUGGUGACAAUGGGGCCUUUGUGGGCUCGAAGAAGAAUCCAAUGCAAAAAAGUUCAAGAAAGAGGGGGAGGAAUUCAGAUCAUAGCGGUGAAAGCAAGACGACUGCAGGAGAUGGUAUAAGUUCUGAACCUGUGAAGGUAUUGAGGAGAUCAAAAAGAAACUUGGAAAAGGCUGAAAACUCUGAACUGUUGAGUGGACCAUCGGAAAAGGGACAAAUGCUGAAAAUGCAUACACAGCCACAGGUUACAGGGGCAUCAUCAGGAGUAGAUAGCAAAACGGUACAUGGGAUAAUUAGGCAAAGAUGCAAAACAGUCGCCGAACUCAAGGAUGAUGGCAUAGAACGUUUGAAACCAAAUGAGGUGUCUCCCCUGAAUGGACGUCUGAGGAGGUCCAGGCGCAAUACGUCAAUUUAUAAGUCUAUUGCAUCCACUGCUGGAGGGAUCGGAGCACAUGAAACCAUUGGAAGGAAUAAGCCAGCAAUGCAGCUGAAGAAACCUCUUCUGGAGAGAGAAGGAGAAGCUAAUAUGAGUGACAUGCAUUCAAAGGUUUUUAAAGACAAUAGUCAGGACUUGAGAUUGAACUCGAGUGGAUUGGAUGGCGUCAUCAAUGCCACAAGAAAGAAAAAGUCACUCAAGCGAACUCAAAAGCAGACUCAGGAAGGAGUCAUUCCUGUGAAUGAGAGUGGCCUGAUCGUUGACAAACCACUUAAACGAUCCACAUGUAAUGCUUCUAAACAUGACCCUGUCAUGCCUGCUGGUGGUAAAGCUGUCAGAAGGAAGAAGCAACAGAAUAGAUUGCAAAUGCCAAUUUUUGAAGUGGAUGUUCCAUCAAAGGAGAGUGGUCUGAUUCCUGAAGAAUCUGCAAUUGUAGAUGCUAAAUUGUCAGCGCCUGAAGCUGCACGAAGUUUGACUAGUCUGCCUAUGAGCCAAAUCCAGGAAGCUCCUCUAGAUAUUGACGAGGGGAAACUGGGACUCUGGGGGAAAUCUCAUGUAAACAAGGGCAGUACUUCUAUGGAGCUUUGCCCAGCCACCUCCGAGUUAGACGAAGAUAAAGAAUUAGGGUUGGUGAGUUUGGAGGGGACUCAUACUCCAGAAAGUGUGAAAUCAGUCACUGCUGGUGCAGAGCAGGAAUUGCAGAUCAGUGAAUCCUUUGUUGCCAGAGAUAUGGAGAACAUCUUACAGGGACAUGAACAAAACUUGUGUCAAAGUGAUACUCAUGAGGUUGGCAGGGAUGAUCAGGAGCAAAGAAGAGAUUUAAGUUAUGAUAAUGUGGCUGAAUUGGAACCACUAGAGCACCAAUACAAAUUAAGCAAUGCACUUGUUUCUGAUGCUGCAACUCAAGCUAGAGGUUUCUCACCAGUUCACCAAUUAGAUUAUGUGGGUAAAUCUGCUGUCACCGUUGACUGGCGGAAAGAAGUGGAAACUGAGAAAGAGUCAUCAGCAGACAAACACAGCCAUGUAAGUAGGGGUUUUGUGGUUGAUCAUGCGGCUGAAGAUGAUGUAACUUCUGUUCACAAGGAGCAGAACUUGGUCAAAUCUGAAGAACCAAGAGGCAGUGCUGAACCAGUCAUUCAUGAGUCGGUAAUUGGAGAUCUUGCUAUUGAAUCUAAUGAGAGUGAAGAUACCCCAAGAAACUUUGAAGAUGCCCCUCAAGAAGCAAGAGAAAUUGGUGAGCAUGAUACUUCUAAUAGAAAGGAAAUUACUCCAAUGGAGAGAGGAAUUGAUGAAUGUGAACCAGAGGCUCCUAAAAUAUGGGAAACUGUUUCAGCACCACAUAUAACAACACCUACUAAAAGUUUCUUGCCUAUUCACGAAUCAGAUUAUCUGGGUAUAUCUGCUCGUAGGUUGGAACAGGGAAGAGAAACAGAAGCGAAAGAAGAGCCAUCAACAGGAAAAUGCAUAAAUUCCCGAAAAGGUUUUGUGGUUGAUCAUGCAGCUGAAAUUAACAGAACUCCUGUUCAUAAAGAACAGAACUUUGUGAAGUUCAAAGAGCAAAAAGAAGUUGCUGAACCAGAUAUUCAUGAUUCAAUUGUUAAGGACGUUAUUGAAUUUUAUGAGAGUGGAGGUACCAAGAAACAUUUUGAAAAUGACUCAGAAGCAAGAGGAACUGGCAAACUUAGUAUUUCUGAAGGAAGAAAAAUCACUCCAUAUAAAUUGAAGGAGAGAGAACCUGAAGAAUCAGGUUAUGUGGCUCCUCAUAUUGUUAUUGAAGAAAUGCUUUCCUGUAAGACUCCUUCCACAGAUGACGAACUAGAACUAGAAGAAUAUCAACUUCAACAUCUGUUUUCCAUAACAGCCAAUAAUGCAAAUCUUAUUGAAAAAGAAGAAGCCUUUGAUCACAAAGCCAAAAUGAGGAAUGGAGCAACGUCUGAAAGUGAGACUCCGGUGGCCAAUGUUAUCGUUGGAAGAUUCAGUCAAGAGAGGUCUCAGAAAGUAGAGAAAAUGAGUGAAAAUGAACUUGAAGAAAUUGUUUACAGUGCAAGUACAUCACCAAUUGUCAGCAAGGUUAUCACUGAUGAGAUUCCCCAAGAAGAUCAGGAUGCGGGAAUCUCAAGAGCAGAUGGCGGUUUCUAUCCUAAUUUAGCAGGAUUCUCCCCUGAAGAAAGUAUAAUUAUAGAGGAUGAAGUAAGUGGAGGCUUAAAGAUGCAAUGUCUCAAAGCUUUAGACGAAGGUAGAGGUAUGGAUAUGCAUCAGCAAGCUUUGGAGGAAGGUAGAGAGAUGGAUAUACAUCAGCUUUCUUUUGAAGAAGAAAGUACUCCAAUGAUUUUAGAUGAGACUGAUCAUGAUGAGGACAAAAAAAUUGAAAUUUCUCAUGCAAAGGAUGAAUUUAGUGCAGAUGUAAUUGCAGUAGCUGUUACAGGCAGUGAUACAAAAAGUGAGCAUGCUGGAAUAAGUCAUUGUUCUGGAGGAACUGUGCCAAUCACACCCAUUCAUGAUAAAGGCAUCAGUAUCAAUAACAAAAAGAUGUCUAAUUUCCCAGAACAAGAAUGGAACCAAUUUCUAGGCCAAUUUACUGAAGCAGUAGCUAUGACAGAUUCAACUGAAAGAGCAGAUGCUUCACUUGAUGCUGAAAAUUGCAUUUUAGAUGAGUUUGCUUGUGGGAGUGUUGAUGUUCUGGAGAGAGAAAAUGCAAAAGGUGUGAAAAAAGAAAUAAAUUGUGAGAAUCAAGUGGAUGUUGUAAAGGAGGGAAGAGAUACAGAGUCUUCUACAAAAUCAGCUUCAAAGGAGUUGGAAGAUGGAAAGGGGGUUAGAAGUGCAAAUGCAAAGAGCUUUUUCAAGGAGGAUUUAAGUCAACCUACUUUUGGAGACUGCAGUACCAAAGGAGCGGAAAAGUUAGGAGUGACUACUGAUGAUGAUGAUUAUGAAGAGGAGAUUGUGGAGAGAGGCUGCAGUACCAAAGGAGUGGAAAAGUUAGGAGUUACUACAGAUGAUGAUGAUUAUAAAGAGGAGAUUGUGGAGAGAGGAUGCAGUAUUGAACCUCACCGAAGCAAUAAUUCAGUAAUUGAUGAUGAUGCUGAUAUGGAAGGAAUCCAUAGAGAAGCCAACAUGGAACGCAGUGAUCAUGUCAUCAAGGAAGAUAAUGUGGAGUUCUUCCCAGAAAUUGAGCUCUUUGACCACAACGGCUCUCAGGAGAGGCCUGCGCAGGUUAAUUAUAAUUCUGAUUCAGGCUUAACUGUGAGGGUUAGGAAUACAACUGAAGUUUCUCAUGCUGUUGAACUGGUUAAAGCUGAAGCCCAGCGCAUCAAAAGAAUCAAUGUACAGGGGGAUGAAAAUGGUGGAAAUAUGCUACAAGUCAGUACAGUGGGAGUUGACAUGAUAGUUUCAGGUAGUGGAGAUGAAUAUGGAAAGAUGAAUUUCAGUACUCUAAAUAGUUCAACUGAGGUUGGCGCUGGAGUUUCAGAGGACAUGUCUGCUGAUACAGCAAUAGAAUUAAAGCACAAGGAUGGUAAAGAUGUCCUGGAGGAGUUAAAGAGCAAGGUCAUGCCACAACUUGAUGAACUCAUUGCUUCGCAUGAACAUAUUUCCACUGAUUUUGAAGUUCCUCACAAGUUUGAGGAGAACAAUUCUCACGCAACAGCAGCUAAUGUCAGUACUUCACCAGAAGCCACUGCAGAGGGUUUUGGUGAAUGCGUGGAGGAAGAGGAAGCGGGGAAAGCACCAAUAGGUGAUCACGUUGGUAAUAUCUGUGAAGACAAGGAAGUUGCAGUGCACAGCUCUCAUAUAAUGGGAGCCAUUAAGAGAAUGGAUGUGCUGAAGGAGGUGGAAAAUGGAAGGACAUCCUUACCGGUUAGUUUGAUGGGGCUCUGUCAGGUGGUUUUAGAUUACAAUGAUGAAUCAGCGAAGAUGAAUGCUGGGGCUAUGGAUACUUCAGACAGGACCAUAUGUGAGGACGGUGAAGGCAGUAUGGAGAUACCUGAUGAAGUUGCAGGGAUUAUGAUGCGAAGUGGUGGCUUGAAACCUGGUGCUCUUCAUAAUCACAAAGAAGUGGACUCAGAGCUGUAUGGAAGUGCCCCUAUCAGUUCAUUUGAACCCAUCUCUAAGAAUACUCAUGGUGCAGAUAGAAAAGGAUAUGUUGCAACAAUUGAAGAAAAUUUCAGUUUGCUGCACACUAAUUUUGAUGCUGAGAAGGAAUAUGGUCAUGCUUCACUGCAACUUGCUCAACAGAAUUUUGGUGAUCUGUUGGUGGAAGUUUCUGAUGUCAAUGACAGCAAACAUGAUUUUAUACUGGAUAGUGUUUGUAAAGAUGGUAGAGUAGAAGCAGAUGCAGCUACUGAUUCUAUUGAACCAACACCUGAGUCUCCCAAGAGAUUUAGCUGUGAUUGUAGUUGGAACUUGCAAAAGUCUGCUGAAGUCAAAUCACUUGCUGAUACUUCUCCCUCCAAACCUGAAACGUGUCCUCCCUCUUUGUUGAAUGUCUCAUCUUCUCAUGGAAUAACAGGACGAGGAGCCUUGGAGUUCAAUGUUGAAUCCAGCCUGUUCAGUGAUUGGGAAAUUAAUUUAUUCUCUGGAGGUAUUGAAGGAGAUGAAGUCAAGAAAACAAAUUUAGAGAAUUCAGAAACCAAUUUUAUGUGUGAUCAUAAUGAGGAUCCCAGGGAGACGGAAGAAGAAAUCAAGAUGCAAAUUGCUGAAGGAGCAGAUGUGUGUGAGGGCUUGUCAAAACCAAAUCCCAUGAUGGCAGAUCAACAUGCUUCAUUCUUUGAUUCGGAGGCUGAUAUGGGCAUUACUGCUGAAGAUGCUGAGAUGUUCCAACCAACAUUCAAAUCUCCUCAGAGAAAAAACCAAGUGUUUUCAGCUAGGAAUUUGAACUCAUCCAUGGUGAAAGGUGGUAAUAUUAACAGUACUUUGAGUCCAGGUAUGCCAAAGAGUUCGGCCAAGAGGCUUGACAUGAAAGAGAAUACACCGUACGUCAAGAAAGAUCAACAGGAUAGUAUCACAACUGGGAAAACAAAAAAGAGGCAGGCCUUGAAGGAUCUUCAAGCAAAUUAGAGGUUUCUGAUGAAUUAAUGAGCGUUCGCUCUUAUGAAUAGGACGUGUAACUAAUUUUGUACCAGACUGAGCAUAUCUCAUGCACAAAACAGUGAUUCCAAAAGUGGCAUGGUUCUAACAUUUUAUUCAUUUUAAGCAGUUACUACCAUAAAUGGAUUAUUAAGCUGAAA